GGCCGGCGCCUCCAGUCUCCUCCUCCGCCGCCUCCCGGUUCCGCAGUCACUUCCUGCAGCUGUUUCCCUGUGGGUCCGGUUGGAUUGACUUUUGACAGUCAAUCUUCAGCUGCGGAGGGGGCUCGGCGGGGGCCAGCCGAGAAAGUUGCGGCGAGGGAGGCGGAGUUGAGCCGGGCCGAGCCGGGCGCGCAGGGCGGACGGCGGCGGGCGUCCCGGGCGGACGCGGCGCCCAGACUCCCCGCGCGUCCCGGGGGUUCCGAUUUGAAGACCUGACUUCUCAUCGCCCAUUGGAGCAUGCCCAAGGCUUUCCUACCCAAUGAUCCUCUUGCAACACGCCGGGCUUCCUCUGCCUAAGCGGUCCUCAUCCUCUCCUCCUAUGUCAGUGGCCGCCAGGUCUACAGGAACCUUGCAGCUCCCGCUGCAGAAGCCUUUUGGGCAGGAGGCUUCCUUGCCUCUGGCAGGGGAAGAAGAGUUACCUAAGGGAGGGGAGCAAGACUCUGCCCUGGAGGAGCUAUGUAAGCCCCUGUACUGCAAACUCUGUAAUGUCACCUUGAACUCAGCGCAGCAAGCCCAGGCUCAUUAUCAGGGUAAAAAUCAUGGUAAGAAACUCCGAAAUUACUAUGCAGCGAACAGCUGUCCCCCCCCUGCCCGGGUGAGCAGUGCCGUGGCAGCUGUGGCCGCCCCCGCUGCUCCAGUCCCUCCGCAGAUGGGCUCCUUCAAGCCGGGAGGCAGAGUGAUCCUGGCCACAGAGAACGAUUACUGUAAGCUCUGUGAUGCCUCCUUCAGUUCCCCGGCUGUGGCUCAGGCUCACUAUCAAGGGAAGAAUCAUGCCAAGAGGCUGCGGCUGGCAGAAGCUCAGAGUAACUCGUUCUCGGAAUCCUCAGAGGCUGGUCAAAGGCGGACCCGGAAAGAAGGGAAUGAAUAUAAGAUGAUGCCUAAUAGGAGAAAUAUGUAUGCAGUACAGAAUAAUUCAGGUCCUUACUUCAAUCCCCGCUCUCGGCAGAGAAUUCCACGUGACCUGGCCAUGUGUGUUACUCCAAGUGGCCAGUUUUACUGCUCAAUGUGUAAUGUUGGGGCUGGCGAAGAGAUGGAAUUCCGGCAGCAUUUGGAGAGCAAGCAACAUAAAAGCAAGGUGUCGGAACAGCGGUACAGGAGUGAGAUGGAGAAUCUGGGAUAUGUAUAGUGAUGGUCUGCAGGUAGAGCAGCUUGGCCUGCCUGUUGUUUGCCUUCUGUCAGCCUGCCCUGCUUGUGGUCCUUUUGAUAUGAGCACCUUCCUCCGCUUAAUGUUAAUACAUGUAACCUGCAGUGGUACCAUGAGAUGUCAAAACUGGGGAGGGAAAAGAACGUGCUUCUUAGGUCAUAAUGCUUUUUCAGGUCAGUUGUGUUGAGCUACUAAAAGCAUGUGACCUACCUACCCCAUGAGAAAUAACUUUUUUAUCUUGACCACGAUCUGGUCGACUAGUAGCCCGACUACUUAGAGCUUUAACUAUUUAAAAAUUUCAUCUUCUUUUGCAACUUUAGUUUUAUGUACUGUUAAGUAAAGAAUUUUAUUGCGUUCUCACUUCAGAUCACCAUAAAAACAGGUAGGCAGAGAUUUCCGUUUCCCAAGGCUUCUUAGGAACCGCCACCUCAACUCAAUGCCUUGUCAUUAGGAUUUAGUGCUGUAAACUGCAUUACGGUCUUUCCCAGCACGCUUUUUCCCUUUAUCAUGUCCUCCCGUUAUUGAAGUGCAGGUUUUCGUGGAUUCAGACACUUCCGAUGUGCUUGUGGACUUCCAAACAGCGAAAGUUCAUUUCCAGUUGUGGAUUUCCCACAUUUAAAUUCGACCUUCUUCCCUCCUCUUUUCUUCCCCCCCCCAAUUGAAUUAGCUUGUCUAAUAAGCUCAUUUUCAUGCCCCAGCCAUGUUGUGGGGUUUCCAAGCCCUGCAUUUGAAUAUCCAAUAAGUUUAAGAUAGAUACGAUAUUUUUUUAAAAAAUAUUUUUCAACAGGUUUUCGGAAAUGUAAAGAUGUAUUUGAUUUUUCAGUUUAGAGUUACUUCAUUGAUAAUAACAUGUAUUUAUAUGAUGGCCUCGAUCAUAAGUUCAGAUCUCUUGGUAUUUGUUUUGGCAGACUUUUUAGAUAAACUGAUCCUUACAUUUUACUUAGAUUCUUCUCUGUAUUGCUAGUUUGUUGGCUGUCCUGAAAAAUACCACUGCCUUACGUUUCAUAGAUAGAGAGGAAUUAAAAAAAGUUAACCAAAUUUCAGUAUCAUCAUUUCUAGUAGAAAAAUAUGUGAACUUUGAUUUCGUUCUUUAUAAUUCAGCUUCCUUGAAGAUAAUAGAAAUACGUUAUUGAUUAUUUUGGUAUCUGAUAAUUACACAGUAUUAUUUUUGGUUUUUGUUUUUAAAAUAAGAAGCUCUGGUGUAUGUCUAGAUUAACUAAUGGAACACGUUUACGAACUUUCAGUAACUGUAUUUUAUCUGCUUACUAUAUUUACUUGGAUAAGACCAGUGCUCAUCCAUACUCCUUUUGAAAGGCCACAUUCACUAGUAAGUUUAUAUUGAGCAGUGUCUUUGUACUAUGGUCAAUUCACAUUUGAUUGCUUAUAUUACUAAUUAAAAAUAAAACUCCUGUUUUUCCUUGAGAAUUCUACAGGCAAAGAGAUGGAGAGAAGGAAAAUUAUAAUCAUCGUUCUUUUCCUUUAAUAUUUCUAAACAAUUUUUGAACAAUCUAGACCUAUAUUUAAAAUUCAGUUUUGUGAUUAACCUCUAGUACAAAAUGAAGUCACUCUUCUGUUGAAGUGGUGGUUUUUUGAAAAGUAGAAUUGUUUAGUAAUUUUUUUUCUUCCAGAAACAGAAGCAUGAAGUAGUGUUCUGUUGAGAUUCUAUCAAGACCUGUGACUCUUAAUCUAAAAACCUUUUUUGCAGUAAUCUAUAAAGUUCAAUUGACUAAUUUAGGGCAAUUUAGAGGUUAUUUUAUUGGUCAGUAGGUUAUUCAUUUUGCUGCUAAGUGUUAUUUUUUGGUAGAUUUUAAUAUUACAGUGCUGG